CGCUAUUGUCCUGCUUUCGCUCGAGUCACCUAUUAAUAAAGCCCCGUCCCCCCCGAAAUCCCCUUUCUCUUCCUCCUCAUGUUCAGUUGUCAAGAUACUGCAAACCUCUGCAGUUUCGCACACUCCACAACUCCAACAUUCAGCCACCAAACCUCAAGCUCAAACACAAGCACACAUCCGCAACUUUCAACCCCCACGACCCCAGAAAACCGCCUGAAAGCACACUGACAGUCAGCUGCCCACCAUGGGAGCACCGUCACUACGCUCCCUGGCCCAGCGGGAAUGCAUCCGCAACAUCGACUCGGUGAAGAGCGUGGGCGACAUGGAAUACCGACUGGUAUUCCCCAUUCUCGACGCAAUCACCAAUCCCGACCAACUCCAAGAAAUCGAAGAAAACUCCCCCCACAUCGCUGAACAUGACGCCAUUCUCUGGAAGAAGUUCAUCAUGCGAGACAUCAUUGAGUGGAAGAAGAAGAAGUUCGAGCCGAAGAAUCCAACGAGCUGGGGCAAGGUGUACCGCAAGAUGCUCCGAGACCAGCAGAGGGAACACGACGAGCAGGACGAGCAGUUGCGCGCAAACAUGGCGGAGGCCUUUCAGAAAAAGGAGGAGAGCAGAGUCAAGUUCGUGCAGAGGGUGAUGCCGGAGCCGCAGAGACAAACCGCCUUCCUCGACGGCAAACCCAAUCCCAACGCUGGUAGAUGGGGCAUCUCUGUGCAGCCAGUGAAGAAGCCAACGUUGAAGAAUGCAAAAACUGGCGCCGACGUGAUGAGCGCGCUGAGAAAGCAGAGCUCGACGGCGGCGAAAUGGAAGAGCCCGAUUACGAACCCGCCAUUCAAGCGCACUCCCGUGCCGGCGCCCAAAUCCCUGGUCACCUCGACGCAAAAACCCGGGAAUCUCAAUCCGUCACGCACAACACCGAUGGCGCCGCAGACCAGGACCCUGGCCACCACCACCGCCACGAACACACCAACCACGGAGACCGACAGAUACAGCAAACCAUCGAGGUUACAAGAGUACCAACAAUCUCAAACGAGGAUGCGAGUACCCAAAGCUCGCCCGCUCAUGUAUCGCUUCACUGGAGGAGCGUCCGUCGCGCCAGAGAGGGCGCUCAAGGCAGCAUUCAGCAGAUUGGAUCGGGACGAGCAGAUGGCCAAAGAGAGCGGAGGACGGGUGAAGCCGCUCGUGACCACGUUCAGCACCCCAUCAGAGACGACUUUCUAUUCCAAUUCCAAGGGACCACGGACAGGCAGCUCGACACCGCCCGCGCAAACACCUGAGGCGCCUUUUACCUUCAAGGCUGGGGGUACGGGAGUGUCAACACCACCAGCACGAACACCGGACGCGACUUUCAAAUCCAAGACGGCAGCUACGGGCACUGCGACAGGACCAGCACAAUCGCCGGCACCAGCUCGUACCCCGGUAGCGACCGCGAAACCCAACACAGAGACGACAAGCACCAUCACACCGCCAGCACGCACGCCGUCCCCUGUCAAAACACCCGGAGACAGCCCGAAACCCGUCAUGCUCACUCCAGCACCGGUGGUGAGCAAGAAGCGAUCGCCGGCUCCCGUGUCGAUAUUCAUGCCAACGAAGAAGAGGAAGGUGAAGUGAGGAGGUCGGGUGAAGGACCGGACUGGGAUCAGAGGAGGACUCGGAAGCGCACCGCAAGGACUGGGAGGAUGGAGGAUGAGGAGGACUGUGGAAAUAGGCCUUGAGAAUGUUUCAAAUCUAAAGCGCUUCCCAACCCAUCGUAAACGCGUCAUCAUGAGCUCUCCCGUAUCGCUGUCAAGGCAGAAGCCACGGCGUCUUUCGCCUUGGUGAUGUCCUCGGGAGUGCUUUGAUCUCCUGGGCCUUUGUCUUGUUCCUGAAGGAC